CUCAGUCUUUGCGUAUCGUCUUGGAGGUGAGUUGCGCGUGCGACGUGCGCAGCAAUAUUCGUCGCGUCCAGGAUCGCAUACGGAGGCGGAGAGAGUGGGGCAGCGGAUGACAAUGAUGGCCGCCACCAGCGAUGAACGUAGUGUUAUGGAGCCUGGGAGGACGAAUUCGGGGCAGAGUCAGCCCGUGGAUCGACUGAAGCUGCUCUAUCCGAUGGUGAACGAAGAGGAGACGCCGCUGCCGCGCUCCUGGAGCCCGAAGGACAAGUACAACUACAUAGGCCUGUCGCAAAACAACCUUCGCGUUCACUACAAAGGUUACGGAAAAACUCACAAAGACGCUGCCAGUGUUCGCACAACGCACUCGAUACCGGCCGCCUGCGGUUUGUACUACUUUGAGGUGAAAAUUGUUAGCAAAGGACGUGACGGAUAUAUGGGUAUCGGCCUUUCGGCGCACGGCGUCAACGUAAAUAGACUUCCUGGUUGGGACAAGCACUCAUAUGGCUAUCAUGGUGAUGACGGUCAUAGUUUUUGCUCAAGUGGUACUGGGCAGCCAUACGGACCAACCUUCACCACUGGCGACGUAAUCGGCUGCGGUGUAAAUCUCGUGGACAAUACCGCCUUCUACACGAAGAAUGGUCACCAUUUGGGUAUUGCUUUCACGGAUUUGCCACCCAAUCUUUAUCCGACAGUUGGUCUUCAAACUCCAGGCGAGGUAGUGGAUGCUAACUUUGGACAGUUGCCGUUUGUCUUCGACAUUGGGGACAUGAUCAACGAGCUGCGCGUACGAACAAGAGUACAGAUCAUAAACUAUCCGACGCCGGACCAUGGCCAGGGCCAGUGGCAAGCAAUUCUUCACAAAAUGGUAUCCACGUAUCUCGUCCAUCAUGGAUACUGUGCCACCGCCGAGGCGUUCGCUAACAGUACAGGUCAGGUGUUUGAGGAAGAUUACAACUCCAUCAAGAAUCGACAGAGGAUUCUAAAGCUGGUAUUAGCCGGUCGCAUGGGCGAGGCGAUAGAUUUGACUAAUCGAUUAUAUCCCGGACUUCUCGAGAGAGAUCCGAACUUACUGUUCGCGCUCAAGUGCCGGCAAUUCGUGGAAAUGGUGAACGGCAGCGACUCAGAGGUCUGUCAGAGCGGCAAUCCCAAUCAGACCAGUGUGAUACAAUCGACCAAAGCGUAUGCGAAGUCCUCGGCGACUGGUAACGUGGAAGAGAUGAAUAUCAGUAACGCGAUGAACGGCACCAGCGGCCCACAGUUCGUCAAUGGUCAGAUAGAGGAUGACGUAGAGAUGGAGGAGAGCAGCGUCGUGAACGGUAUCAAGAACAGUAACGGGUAUCAGAAUGGUAAUCUGGGCUCGAAUGGGUACAAGUGUCAAAAUGGGGAGGAUGUAGAUAUGGAAAUCGACAAAAGUGCCAAUCAAAGUCAGCAGCAGAGCGUCACUACUACCGAUAGUGCAACAAGUAAAAGUAACAAAAAGCAAUUAUGUGGUGGCAACAAGCAGGCGAUUGAGAAAAUGCUGGACUUCGGGAGGCAAUUGUAUUCCCAGUCGAUACACCUGAGGCAGCAGCACGGCAAGAACGAGAGCAAUAAGAAAAUGCUGCAGGACGCUUUCAGUCUACUGGCGUAUUCCAAUCCAUGGAAUUCACCAGUCGGCUGGCAACUCAAUCCUCAGGAAAGGGAAACAGUUUGCGCAAGGCUGAAUUCUGCUAUUCUUGAGUCCAGUAAUUUAGCUCGUCGGCCACCGCUAGAAGUCGCGGCUUCUCACGCGAGGGAGCUCGUUCAUUUGAUGUCAACCGCCGGCCUAGGGGCCUGCGGAUUUGCAGUAGUAGAUAAUAUUAUCCAAUAUUGACGGUGCCUACCUCUGCUACCACGUCCGCCUCUUCUACCAGCGCGAGUAUGGAUGCGGAGGCGAAACGUGGAGCAGAUUGUUCUGUUAACGCAGCAACAUCGCGAUGUCGCGUGCCUCUUCAGCUAGAGCAGCCGGAUUCGUCGGUGCCUUGGCUCGAUCUCACACCACAGACACGAACAUACAAGGUGAACGCUCAGACCUGCCAACCAAAAUGACAACCUCAUGAAUUUCUAGCUUAAAUCGAUACGGACGGUCAUUUUGGAUUAUUAUUACGCCGACCAAGAGCGAGCGAGAAACGGCAGUUCGCAAUGCUGAUCCCCCGUUCCCGGCGGUCGGUCGGUCGUGCACGCACCGCGGCCGAUUACACUAUGUUUUUGACAUGUUGUGACUCUUUAUAUGAUUUUCUGUAUCCCUUUAUUUUUUCCCCUCCCUUUUUACUUUCUUUUCUUUUUGUAUCCGACAUCAGUUUACCUUCGUUGCGAACAUCUCGGACAUUUAUCGCGUUGCGGCUAACGCGCUGCCCGAAUGUUACGAGUGAGUAUCCAGCUGCGAUAGCUCGCGUUGUUAGCGGCCGCAAGCGUUGUGCAAUAUAGUCCCAAUACGAAAGGACAUUGUCAGUGACAAGAGACAAGAAUGUAGAAUGUGCAGUCAAAGUCUCUUGAAUUGCGCGAAUUAUUUCUGCGAGGAUGUUAUCCUGUCGUUGUGCAGCGAGAUCCCCCUCGCGUUACCAUGUCUCGUGCUUAGCGACGCACGACGGUGACACGUAAUCAAACUCAUUUGCAUUUAAACGCGAGUCAAAGUAUAUUCAACGACGGAAAAAAAAAAUCGAUUGAACGUGUAAUGAUUAGAUAUAGCCAAGUCCGUUGAUGGUUUAUCGUUAGAGAGUGAUUAACAACUGACGCAUAUUGUAUACCUGACGUCGAGAAUGCCUCAACCAAGACAAAAUUAUGUACGAUUUAUUAUGGGCCAUUCAUGCAACGUGUACUGUCGUGAAUAGAAAGGUUACGGCAUUUCUUUAUUUAUUUUGAAACACGUGUGAAAAGUCGAUUUCGACGCGAUCUGUUGAAAAAGAGCGUUGCAAUCUUUCUUCUGUGACAGAUGCCUCAGGACAAGAAGCCUCAAUUGUACGUAAUUUCACUCGCAUUAAGGCACUCUGGACGUCGAGUGCGCAACCGUGUUUUGUCCGCUUCGUAAAAAUUCGUCGCACGAGUCUAAUUAAUCUUCCGCAUUCGCGUGGCUUAACGUACGAAAUAUAACAAGUAUAAACAUAUUCACACACAUGCACACCCCCUUUAACGAUGGAAACGAUAAUUUUCUUCUUCCUCAUUUCGACGUAUCGGCACGACGGUUUUUCUCUCUGUAUCACCUGAUGAUUUUCGUAAUGAUUCUGGGAGCGGCGGAAGCAUGUUCAUUUUAGAAAUGGACGACGUCUUACGUUUAUAUAAAUAGUUGCGGAAAACAAAAAAAACCUGUAAACUUAACUAAGAAACGAUCUUGUACUCUAUACUAAGUAAUUGUUUUUUAUAUGCGACAUAGUAUAUUAUUAUAUUAUAUAUUAUUAAAGAAAAGAAAAGAAAAAUCACAAAUACGAAAAAUCGUAUGCAGCUAGGCGUAAGCGUGCGUUUAAAUACAAUAAUUUACUAUAUAUACAGAAAAAAAAAUCAUUAAUUAAAAUAGAAUUAAUCGAAUUAAAUGAUUUUUAGUGUUAUUGUUUUGUGUACUAUAGAUAGAGCUAUAAUACGAAUAUAUGCGCGAAUACAGCAAUGAUUCGGCCAAGAGGGUUUGUAAGUCAUUUUGUUCCGUCGCGUAUGUUGUUGUUAUCGCGAUUAUCCCACCAGGACACCUUUGUGUAGUUUUCAAUCUACCGUACAAGCCGAUCAAAACUCAAAUUUCGGAGAUUUGUUACGAGAGUCUUUCAACGUUCUACGUGAGUGGCGACAAAUUGACAACCUGCUCAUUCUUGUAUUGGACCAUUCGCCGGCUUUGAUCGACGUACACGACAAUUUAGCCGAAUCACUGAGGCAUGCUCAGCAUUAUCAAAUCAUCGGCGUUCCCGAAAAAAAAAACAAACAAACUUUUGUUUGCGCCCUUCAAGUUGUUGGCUCCCGAAUGUCGUUUUGCCCCUUGCCUGCCUUCUAAGUCUUUCGAAGAUACUUUCAAAGUGCAUAUUUUAGGUAAUAAAGGUAUAUUGUAAUAUAUAUGUGCCUAUCUAACAUAAUUUUAUUUUCGUUCUCGUUCUUCGAUUAACGUAUAUAUAUAUAUACCCGAAUUACAUACAUACAUAUAUAUAUAUAUACACACACACGUGCAUUUACGCAUAUAAUACCUCUAAUAUGCACGGUGUACAUUGGUUUAUUUUAAAAUCGUCUCUGAAAAUCGUAAAUCAGCUUAGCGUAUUGAGAAGGUUGCAGUAUGGGCGUCGCGUUGUACUCCUGUAUCACGUGUGUCCGUAGCGAAGCAGGAACGAUUUUUCCUCCAUUCGUAAUAAUGGGGAUGAUGCACAUGCGUGUGUAGAGUAUAUGCACCAACCACAUCGAUCGUUGAAAGGUAGUAAAUGUUCACUUCAACAAAAACAGCGAAGAUUUCCUCGAAGUCUUACCCGAACUCGACUCGUGCACAAAAUGUAGCUAGCAUAUAACGCAGCAGGUAACGUAAAAUAGGGAAAACAGUAAAACACACUUUCUCGCUUUUAUCUUUAACUUUGAAGAAUUGCUCGCUCUUUAACGAUUGCACACGCACGCGUGCGUAUAUUUUUCCGAUAACGUCAGUGAUAUUCUAGUCACUUCGCCGAGAUGUUCCAUCUCCGAAUAUAUACAUUGGCAAGAUAAUAUUAUAAAAUGAAAAUCGCUUUCCUUUAACGUCUUUAACUGCUAACCCUUAUCCGGGAAGCCUGUUUCCUAAAAAUAAACGGGUAACGUUAUUUUUUCUGUAGAAAAAUUUUAAAUACAUAAAUUAAUAUAAGAGUAUUAUGUAUAUAUAUAAUAUAUAUAUAUAUAUAUGGAUAUAUAUUUGUCUUUUUGAAUAAAUAAAAGGUUGCAUGUAAUCUUACAAAGCUAGAAAUGUAUUUUAGAGAGUAAUUGUAAAUUUCGUGGAAUUGAAAAAGACUUUAGCUUACCCGGGAGGGGGAAGAAUACGCGUUGGAUAUCGUUCAAUUAAUAAGGAUAGGCUAUUUAUAUAAACGCGUGAUGAUCGCACAUUUCAUUUGACGUUAUAUAAAAAGUAUUGGAAAAAGAAAUACUCGCGCGUCUUACGAUGUUCUAUAUAUACGUAUACGCGCGUGCGUGUGUGUGAUACAUGCAUACAGUACAUAUUAUAUAUCUAUAUUAUGCUUUUUGAUAUGAAAAUGAUACGAUUAUAGUUUAUGUACGAGAGCCAAAUAUCGGAAAUCCAGUUUUAGGGAGAUAGGCACAAUACAAUACAAUGGCAACGGCCAUCGAAUUAGUUACUUCUAACUCUGAGUAUGUUGAAACAUAUUUUAACGAUAGAAACGUUAUUUUUAUACGUGUAUGAUGUAGUUAUAUUAAGUGAGCUGUGGCGUCGUGUGUAAUAUGAAAAAUCGUGACAUGUACACAUCAUCGUAGAGAUAUUAACUGUCGUUGCUACCAGUUUCCCCGCGUAGAGAGGCAUGUACAGGGUGAUUCGGAAGCGGAUCUGCAAUAGCGAAACACUCUGUAUUAUCAAUAAAAACCAAAUCGAAAGUUCAUACACUGUUAACGUGUUUUUUAGCAAUACUUUGUAAUAACGGGGAAAAUGAGGAAACCACUGUGGAGUACAAAUAAUAAAAAAGCGACAAGUAAUACAGCGUAACACGGCAUAACGACCAUCUAGGCUGCUGUACGAUAUUCUUUAUUGAUCAAGUACCGAGUGUCUAUCAGUUUUCACGAGUCUCCGGUAACUGCAGCAAGCGUGCAAGCGUAUACCGGCUUACUCUUUAUGAGCUUUCGAUUCCGAUCACUGUGGCAAAUGCUUCUGACAUUUCGAGCGACUCGAGCGUAACCGAGUUAUCGUGUAAAUAAGUAAAACGCACGCGAACGGCUUGACGGACAACGGCACUUUCCGAACAGAGAUUGAAAUCGAUGCAAUUUCCAUAAGUUCGACGAGCCUGGAUGCCUAAUUCAACAUUUCUAAUAGUGGAAUUGCCCGGAAAAAAACACCACGUUACUUUUCAUUCAAGACAUUAACAAAUUGCGGAUUAGGUAACCGCUGGAUUGAGCUAAUCGAAAUUUCGCCGACGUUCGGUCACUGUCCGAGACAAAGCGGAGGUGAUCAGGCAAGAUAGAUCGAUUGGCAUAUCGAUCUAUAGGAUCCCGAUCGAGAGACGAGAUCAUGUAUUAUCUGCGCGUGCGCGGAAGAAACGCGAAACGAUCGAGUAUGAUACAAUUUGAUUGCGUAGGUAGCAUACAUUUUUGAUUCGCAAUUACUCAAUACUAUUUAACUAUCAGCGCGGACGCGCGAUUACGUUAUAAAGUCGUUACUCGCUAAUAAAGCAAGCUGUAUUCCC